UGUCGCGCUGUCUCUGGCUUUAGUUUCUGAGCGAGCGAACGCUACAAGACAAAUGCGUUUAUGCUUUAUAGAGUCAAUCGGAAGAUCCGAAGCCUGACCACUCCCACAGACCCAGGACUGGAGAGACCGAGUUAUACCGUUCCAAGUUUGUAUCUUUGAUCUGGUAGAGAUGGUCACCAAAACAGAGGAUACUCAGUUGAACAGGCUCGAAAACCAGGUCGAUAAUGGGGGCGGAGGAGCCUGGGAGUACCUGUGUCUCGUUAGGAAACUCAAGCUUCGGCGUUCGGAAAAAGUGUUGAGGCAUGGCUUGUCCAUAUUGAACGACCCCAAAAAGCGAUCCAGUCUUGGCCCAGAUGAAUGGACUUUGUAUGAGCAGGUUGCAGUUGCAGCUAUGGAUUGCCAACAUCUUGAUGUUGCCAAGGACUGUAUAAAAGUUCUCCAGAAGAGAUUCCCUGAGAGUAAACGGGUUGGUAGGCUGGAGGCAAUGUUGCUUGAAGCAAAAGGAUCAUGGGAUGAAGCGGAAAAGGCCUACACAAGCUUUUUAGAGGAUAAUCCUCUUGAUCAAAUCAUCCACAAGAGGAGGGUAGCUAUGGCAAAGUCACAGGGCAACAUUUCGGUGGCUAUUGAAUGGCUUAAUAAAUAUCUAGAAACAUUCAUGGCAGAUCAUGAUGCAUGGAGAGAACUUGCAGAAUUAUACAUCUCCCUGCAAAUGUACAAACAAGCUUCAUUUUGCUAUGAAGAAUUAAUUAUAUCUCAACCUACUGUUCCACUCUUCCACUUGGCCUACGCUGAUGUACUCUAUACGCUUGGUGGGUUAGAAAACCUCCAGACUGCUAAGAAAUACUAUGCAUCCGCUAUAGACUUGACGGGAGGCAAGAAUACCCGGGCACUCUUUGGUAUUUGCUUGUGUACUUCUGCUAUUGUGCAGCUUACGCGAGGGAAGAGCAAGGAAGACAAGGAUAAAUCACAAGUACAAUCUCUAGCGGCCAAAGUGUUGGAGAAGGAUUAUAAGCAGAGGGCUCCUGACAAGCUUCCUCAGGUUACAACAGUCUUGAAGGGUCUAACGUUGUCUUCCUGAUGCAAGCCUUUCUCUUGAAACCUCUUGUUCUUUAGCCCACUUUUUGACGUUGACAGUGAUUAUUAGCAGCCUCAUCAACUCAUAUUUCGGAAGUACCGGUCAAUUUGGCUUGUCCGUUUUAAAAUUAAAAAACUUGUCGGCCAUACUUAAAGUGUGGACCUUCAUUGAAAGACGCAAGAUCCGAUUUUAUUUAGUUCUAUGCCUUCUAAUGUCCUGCGUCCAUGUUCUGUUUUUUAUGAUAAUGUUUGACAGAGAAUACUGACCCUUAUUAUGUGCGAGUACUGUAUGAAAGGGUCCUACUGAUAUGAAUCAUCUCGGUUAAUGAUCGGUUCAAGGCCUCUCUGGUCCUUUGUGGCGGAUUAUUAUCUGAAUUCCCAAGCCCCAAUAUCCUUUA